UGGCUGUGGAGUGUAAAGCUCAUUUUGUGCUGCGAGGGGAGAAAAUCCGUUGGAAUUGCUAAUUUUGAGGGCAAGAGACCUGAUAACUUUCGGCUAUCCGCACCUACGGCAUUGAUAACGCACGGGUUUGUCAGCUAUGCCGUUGCCUGUUGCGUUGCAGACUCGAUUAGCCAAGAGAGGCAUCCUCAAACAUCUGGAACCGGAGCCCGAGGAAGAGAUCAUUGCGGAGGACUACGAUGAUGAUCCUGUGGACUAUGAGGCCACCCGAUUAGAAAGUCUGCCACCAAGUUGGUACAAGGUGUUCGACCCUUCUUGUGGGCUCCCUUACUAUUGGAAUGCAGACACAGACCUUGUAUCUUGGCUCUCUCCCCAUGACCCCAACUCCAUCGUUACCAAAUCUGUCAAGAAGCCUAAGAAUAAUAAUGCAGAUGCUGAAGAGAAGGUGGACCGGAACCAUGAAAAGCCGGAUAGGAACCAUGAGAAGCCGGAUAGGAAUCAUGAGAAGCCAGACAGAGUUGAGAAGUCAGAGCGGAAUCAUGAAAAAUCUGAUAGAGAGCGAGAGCGUAACUAUGACAAAGUGGAGAGAGAAAGAGAGCGGGAACGGGAACGGGAACGGGAACGGGACCGGGACCGUGGGUAUGACAAGGCAGACCGGGAAGAGGGCAAAGAACGUCGUCACCAUCGACGGGAGGAGCUGGCUCCCUACCCCAAAAACAAAAAGGUGACCAGCCGAAAGGAUGAAGAGUUAGACCCUAUGGACCCCAGCUCGUAUUCAGAUGCACCCCGGGGUACAUGGUCAACAGGACUCCCCAAGCGGAACGAGGCCAAGACAGGAGCUGAUACAACAGCAGCUGGGCCCCUCUUCCAGCAGCGUCCAUACCCAUCCCCAGGAGCUGUGCUCCGGGCCAAUGCUGAGGCCUCCCGAACCAAACAGCAGGAUUGAAGCUUUGCUCUCCACGGCCCUGGCAGUUUUCCUUCUUUCUUUCCUUUUUUUUUUCUUGUGGUGGUACUGGGGAUUGAACCCAGGGCCUCUGUGUGUGCUAACUAAAUCUCUACCACCACUGAGCUUCAUUCAAUAAAUUCUUUUCUGUGGAUCACA